AGCAUGCAUGAGGAGAGGAGAGGAGCAGGAUCGAGUCCAUGGCUGCGUUUAAAUCCGAGCUUGUAAACAUGGCCGAGGUGAGAGCCGGGUAGCGCGCGCUCACUCUGUUAAUCUCCUCCGGUGUGAAUCCGGUUGAUCCGCCGCCGCCGCUGCCGCUGCUUGUGGAUCGAUAAGGUUUUGGGAAACGCAGGAUCAUGACAACCGGACAGGACGAGAGUUCAGUUCGCGUCGCCCUGAGGAUCCGUCCCCAGCUGGCACGGGAGAAGAUAGAGGGAUGUCACAUCUGUACAUUUGUGACCCCUGGUGAGCCCCAGGUCAUUCUCGGAAAGGACAAGGCGUUCACAUUCGACCAUGUGUUUGACAUGGAGAGUGAGCAGGACAACAUCUACGCUAACUGCACAGAGAAGUUGAUAGAAGGCUGCUUUGAGGGCUAUAAUGCCACUAUCUUUGCCUAUGGACAGACUGGUUCAGGGAAGACGUACACAAUGGGCACCGGCUUUGACGUGAGCAUACCAGAAGAUGAGCUGGGCAUCAUCCCGCGGGCAGUCAGUCACCUUUUCAAAGGCAUCGAGCAGAGACAGCAGGCUGCAACAGAACAAGGACGCCCAGUACCCGAGUUCAAGAUUAAUGCUCAGUUCCUUGAGUUGUAUAAUGAAGAGGUUCUGGAUCUCUUUGACUCCACACGUGAUAUGGAGUCCAGGAAGCAGAAAUCUCACAUUAAGAUCCAUGAAGAUGCGAGCGGCGGCAUUUAUACUGUGGGAGUGACCACACGCACUGUUUCUUCAGAGGCUGAAAUGAUGCAGUGUUUGAAGCUGGGCGCUCUCUCACGCACCACAGCAAGCACUCAAAUGAACGUACAGAGCUCUCGCUCGCAUGCCAUCUUCACCAUCCACCUGUGCCAAGUGCGCGUGUGCACAACUUCAGACAACAAUGACACUGAGACUGAUAACCGGCUGGCCAGUGACUCGUCUGACAUGGAUGAGUUUGAGACGCUAACAGCAAAGUUCCACUUUGUGGAUCUGGCAGGUUCAGAGCGACUGAAGAGAACCGGUGCCACUGGGGAAAGAGCCAAAGAGGGCAUCUCCAUCAACUGUGGACUGUUGGCACUGGGGAAUGUCAUCAGUGCCUUAGGUGACAGAAGCAAACGAUCAACACAUGUGCCUUAUCGGGAUUCCAAACUUACUCGCCUUCUCCAGGAUUCUUUAGGCGGCAACAGCCAAACAGUGAUGAUAGCCUGCAUAAGUCCAUCAGACCGAGACUUCAUGGAGACGCUGAAUACCCUGAAGUAUGCUAACCGAGCACGUAACAUUAAGAACAAAGUGAUGGUGAAUCAGGACAAAGCCAGUCAGCAGAUCAGCGCCCUGAGGACGGAGAUCGCACGGCUGCAAAUGGAGCUCAUGGAGUACCGCACGGGCAAGCGUAUGGUUGGUGAGGACGGUCUGGAGAGCAUCAAUGAUAUGUAUCAUGAGAACUCCAUGCUGCAGACGGAGAACCAGAACCUACGUGUGCGUGUCAAAGCCAUGCAGGAGACAAUCGAUGUCCAGCGAACUCGCCUCACUCAGCUCCUCAGUGAUCAGGCUAAUCAGGCUCUUGCUAAAGCUGGGGAAGGCAGUGAGGAAAUUGGGAAUAUGAUACAGAACUACAUCAAAGAGAUUGAAGAUUUAAGGGCAAAAUUAUUGGAAAGUGAGGCAGUGAAUGAGAAUCUGAGGAAGAAUCUGUCCCGAGCGUCCACUAGGUCGUCUUUCUACGGAGGGUCUGCGGCUUUCUCUCUCGGUCCUGACCCGUCCCAAGAGACGGCAGACAUCAUCGAGCUGGCUAAGAAAGAUCUGGAGAAACUGAAGAGGCGAGAGAAGAAGAAAAAGAGAAGUACUGUAAAGGAAGAAAUCCCUGACAAUGAGCAAGAGAAAGGGAAUGAGAGAGAGCAGGUCGAACCAGCGAGUGAGGAGGCAGAGCAAGAGGCCCAGGAAGGCAGUGAUCACGAGGAGGCUGAGGAAGAAGAGGAGGAGGAGGAAGACGAGGAGUUGGAUGCUGAUGAGAGUUCAGAUGAUUCAGACUCCGAGUUGGAUGAGAAAGAGAACUUCCAAGCAGACCUUGCCAACAUCACUUGUGAGAUUGCCAUCAAGCAGAAGCUAAUCGAUGAGCUGGAGAACAGCCAAAGACGUCUUCACACCCUCAAACAGCAAUAUGAGCAAAAGCUCAUGAUGCUGCAGAGCAAGAUACGGGACACGCAGCUGGAGAGAGAUCGUGUGCUGCAAAACAUGGGCACCAUGGAGUCCUGUACCGAGGACAAGGCUAAGAAGAUAAAGGCAGAGUAUGAGAAGAAACUGAGCACAAUGAAUAAAGAACUACACAAACUACAAGCCGCCCAGAAAGAACACGCCCGUCUGCUCAAGAACCAGUCGCAAUAUGAGAAGCAGCUCAAGAAACUCCAACAGGAAGUUGUGGAGAUGAAGAAAACCAAAGUGCGUCUGAUGAAGCAAAUGAAGGAGCAGCAGGAGAAGAACCGGCUGGCAGAGUCGCGCAGGAACCGUGAGAUUGCCACACUGAAGAAGGACCAACGAAAACAGGAGCACCAGCUGAAACUGCUUGAGGCCCAAAAGAGGCAGCAAGAGCUCAUACUGCGCAGGAAGACUGAGGAGGUGACGGCUCUGAGGCGGCAGGUUCGGCCCAUUUCAGGAAAGAUGAACAGGAAGGUUCUCCUCCCUGAAACUGUACAGGAAGCUUCCCACAGAAUGCCCAGCACACGCGCGCACACAGGAACCGGAGCUCCAAAUGGAACCAGCAGACUGUACCAUCGCAGACCUGUGGGGAUUUACUCCACCCGCGUAGCACGGGUUAAAUGGCAGAGUCUGGAACGGCGCAUCUCUGACAUCAUCAUGCAGCGUAUGACUAUCUCCAACAUGGAGGCAGAUAUGAAUCGCCUUCUCAAGCAACGGGAGGAUCUGACGCGGCGGAGAGACAAGCUGAGCAGGAAGAAGGAGAAGAUGGCUGUCGAGGGCCCUGAAGCUGAAAAGGCCAUACAGUCUGUGAACGAGGAAUUGGAGUCCCUGUUGGCCAACAUCGACUAUAUCAACGACAGCAUUGCUGACUGUCAGGCCAACAUCAUGCAGAUGGAGGAGGCAAAGGAGGAGGGUGAGACGAUGGAUGUUUCAGCUGUGAUCAGCUCCUGCACCCUUUCAGAGGCUCGUUUCCUCCUGGAUCACUUCAUGUCCAUGGCUAUCAAUAAGGGUCUACAGGCGGCCCAGAAGGAGUCUCAGAUCAAGGUGAUGGAGGGCCGGCUCAAACAGACGGAGAUCAACAGCGCCACUCAGAACCAGCUGCUAUUCCACAUGCUGAAGGAGAAGGCCGAGUUUAAUCCGGAGUUGGAUGCACUGCUUGGGAACGCUCUGCAAGAGCUAGGUAACAUGCCUGUGGAGAAUGAAGAUGACAGUAGCAGUGAUGAAUCAACACAGAGUCCUGCAGCAGAUGGAAACACCAUGGCCACUGACCUCAUGAAGCUUUGUGGAGAGACCAAGUCCAGGAGUAAGGCUCGCAGAAGAACCACCACACAAAUGGAGUUGCUCUAUGCGAACAGCUGUGAGCCUGGCCUUGACACGCCCAGUGGAGAAUUCACCAGCCCUCUCCAUCCCAUGGCUGAAACUCCUGAAGGUGGCACAGAUGAGUCUUUGAGCAGUACGCUCAGGGACUACAUGCUCCCUGCUUCUGCCUUAUCUACUAGAAUGGGUGGCCUAAACUCUGGCUCCAGACCUCCGUCGGGGCUGGAAAAGCGCAUGCCGGAAGCCUCCCCUCUCACCCGCAGGAAGACCUAUGACAAGGGACAAGCAGCAGCCGACAGGGCUAAAGCCCAAGAAAUCAAACAAGGAAUGAUAAACCCAGUACCUGCAUCGAAGAGCAAUCGUGGUGGUACUCUGCAGUGUGUGCAUGUGGCUGAGGGCCACAGCAAAGCUGUGCUGUGUGUGGACUCCACUGAUGACCUCCUCUUUACUGGAUCUAAAGACCGUACGUGUAAGGUGUGGAAUCUGGUGACUGGGCAGGAAAUCAUGUCUCUGGGUGGCCAUCCCAACAAUGUGGUGUCAGUACGCUACAGCUCCAGCAUGGUGUUCACCGUCUCCACCUCCUACAUAAAAGUGUGGGACAUCCGCGACUCGGCAAAGUGCAUCCGCACCCUCACAUCCUCUGGUCAGGUGAGCACAGGUGAUUCGUGUGCCGCUAACACCAGCCGCACAGUGACUACAGCCGCUGGAGAAAACCAGAUCAACCAGAUCGCCCUCAACCCUACAGGCACAGUGCUGUACGUGGCAGCUGGCAACUCUGUCCGCAUGUGGGACCUUAGAAGGUUUGUUUCAACAGGAAAACUUACUGGUCAUCUAGGCCCAGUCAUGUGUUUGACUGUGGAUCACUCUGGCAACGGCCAAGAUCUGGUCAUCACCGGCUCCAAGGAUCACUAUAUCAAGAUGUUUGAUGUAACAGAAGGAGCUCUGGGCAGCAUCAGUCCUACACAUAACUUUGAGCCUCCGCACUAUGAUGGCAUUGAGUCAGUGGUGGUGCAGGGAGACUGUCUGUUCAGUGGCUCCAGAGACAAUGGAAUCAAAAAAUGGGACCUGGCUCGUAAAGACCUACUGCAGCAAGUCCCUAAUGCCCAUCGGGACUGGGUGUGUGCGCUGGGCGUCGUGCCAGGUUCUCCUGCCCUGCUGAGCGGCUGUAGAGGAGGAGUGUUGAAGCUCUGGCACACAGACACACUGAACGCGCUCGGAGAACUCCGGGGACACGAGAGCCCAAUCAACAGCAUCUCCACGAACAGCAGCUUAUUGUUUACUGCGUCUGACGAUCGGACAGUGAAGAUCUGGCGUGCGAGAGGAGGUCUGGACAGCACUGACAUGACUGAUGUUACCGAUGAACCUGGCAGCAACUGACUGUCCUCUUAUGCCUCAUGUGGCUGACGUCUCCUUGUACUCUCGCCUACAAAAACAGGACGCCUGAUGUAUACCAACAUAGAAGAAUAAUGCCUGAAUAAAAGUGGAUAUAAACGGACUGGAAUCUGCUACUUCACCACAGCCACUUUUCUUGUGUGGUCUCUAAAUGUGUCUUAAUAGCGCAUCAAUGCUAUGGCAGAUGAGUGAAAUCUCAGUACAGACUAAAGCUCCUUUAGACUCUGCAGCUUUUCCAUAUCGAUCCUGAUUAACCACCGUGAGAACCCUGCUGCACGGGGUUUAGUUGGAUGUGAUGAGAGAAGGAACCGGACUGUCUGUAGCUGGCUUCAGUAGGCCGGUUCUCCGAGCUCGGAUAUGAACUCGUGCUUUAGACCUUUGCACAAGCACUGAGCGCUUUACACACAUGAUGCAUACUAAACAGCUGUAGCUUUGCAUUAAGUGAACUAACUAAUGGAAUCACCAUGCCUUUAAAUUUCUGUCUAUCCGUUUUAGCCUGAAAAUCACUGGUGACCAAAGUGUGGAGCUCAGCUGUACUACAAUCAUUAACUUAUGAAUAAAUACAAUAAUAAUGCAUUCUGUAGAUAUAGGACAUUUUUCUCUCUCCUUCUCUCUUAGUCUUAAACCGUACUGACGCUGGAUUAGUUUUACUUGUGAAGGUGCACGAAUUUAUUUUCACACUGUCCUAAAACUACUGUCAAGUUAAAAUGAUCUUAACUGGUAGAAAGGUCGUAUGAACGUGAUGAUCGAGCACAUUACCGUCUGUUUUGUCAAACAUACUAUAGCUCUCCCUCAGAAAUACAAGUCCACCUGGGAGAAGUGUGCUGUGUUAUUGUUACUGGGUGUUGUGUCUGUGGCGUAAUUCUGACAUGGACAUCCAGGAUAUGACACGUGAAUCCUGACUAUCGAAAGUAAUUUAGAAAAAUUACAUAGUUGCUUUAUCCCGACCAAUCAAAUCCCUUACGAUGACAUUACUGAACCUGUCAUAAACUGUGGUUGGUAGAAGAGAGCAACUGGACUUGCUUGAAAAGUCUUGAAGACGUUUCGCCUCUCGUCCGAAAGGCAUCCUCAGUUCUGUCUGUCUAAUAGGGAGUAUCAAGUAUUUAUCCUGUCAUGGAUCAUCAUAGAAUCCGAAUCAGAAUGCUGAUGGCUGCAUUGUAGGUGGCUGAUAAAAGAUGUCUUAGACACCCACCUCUGUUCAGUGAUGGUCGUUCCAGGUUGACAAAAAUGAACGAUCCUCUCUGGCUAAGAUGUCUGCCAGUUUUCUGGAAGUCCUUUCAUACUCCUGCACCAGUCGAAGGGAACUCAUCCCAAAGUGCGUAGAAACAUAUCUGUGAAGAUACUCAGUC